AGCCGCCGCCAGCCAGCGCCGCUGUAACCCCGCGCACCGUCCGGUCGCUGGCUCCUGCCCCUUUCUAUCUGCGCCGACGCGGCGGCCGGAUCCCGGGGACUCCCCGCGCUGGGAAUCUCCCGCCAGCUGCGCGCUGCGUCCCGGCGACGGCAGGAGCACGUGGAGCGGCUGGUUAUCCAGAGCAGCAGCUCCAGCCCAGCCCGGCGGCGAGAUGGAAGACAUAAAACCAAAUGUGGAACUGAAGAGCACUCAAGAGCCGUCUGUGCCCACAGAAGGUUCAGAGCUUUUGAAUGACUACGAUUUAACCAAAGCUCAUGAAACAGAAAAUGUGGAUGGUACAGAAGGCCCAGCCAAUGAGGAUGAAGACAUAGGAGAUGAUUCAAUGAAAGUGAAAGAUGAAUACAGUGAAAGGGAUGAGAAUGUUUUAAAGCCAGAGCCCAUGGGAAAUGCAGAAGAGCCUGAAAUUCCUUACAGCUAUUCAAGAGAAUAUAAUGAAUAUGAAAACAUUAAGUUGGAGAGACACGUUGUCUCAUAUGAUAGUAGCAGGCCAGCCAGUGGCAAGAUGAACUGUGAUGUGUGUGGAUUAUCCUGCAUUAGCUUCAAUGUCUUAAUGGUUCAUAAGCGGAGCCAUACUGGUGAACGCCCAUUCCAGUGUAAUCAGUGUGGGGCAUCUUUUACUCAGAAAGGUAACCUCCUCCGCCACAUUAAACUGCACACAGGGGAAAAACCUUUUAAGUGUCACCUCUGCAACUACGCAUGCCAGAGAAGAGAUGCACUCACAGGUCAUCUUAGGACACAUUCUGUUGAGAAACCUUAUAAAUGUGAGUUUUGCGGAAGGAGUUACAAGCAGAGAAGUUCCCUUGAGGAGCACAAGGAGCGCUGCCGUACAUUUCUUCAGAGCACUGACCUGGGUGAGACUGCAAGUGUGGAGGCAAGACACAUCAAAGCAGAGAUGGGAAGUGAAAGAGCUCUCGUUCUGGACAGAUUAGCAAGCAAUGUGGCAAAGCGAAAAAGCUCAAUGCCUCAGAAAUUCAUUGGUGAGAAGCGCCACUGCUUUGAUGUCAGCUAUAAUCCUAGCUACAUGUACGAGAAGGAGAGCGAGAUGAUCCAGACCCGAAUGAUGGACCAGGCCAUCAAUAACGCCAUCAGCUAUCUCGGGGCCGAAGCCCUGCGCCCCUUGGUCCAGACGCCACCUGCUCCCACCUCAGAAAUGGUCCCGGUUAUCAGCAGCAUGUACCCCAUAGCCCUCACCCGCGCCGAGAUGCCAAAUGGUGCCCCCCAGGAGCUGGAAAAGAAGAAUAUCCACCUGCCAGAGAAGAGUCUGCCUUCUGAAAGAGGUCUGUCCCCCACCAACAGUGGCCACGACUCCACGGACACUGACAGCAACCACGAGGAACGCCAGAAUCACAUCUACCAGCAAAAUCCCAUGGUCCCUCCUCGCGUCCGCAAUGGGAUGCCGCUUCUGAAGGAGGGCCCCCGCUCUUAUGAACUCCUCAAGCCCCCACCCAUCUGCCCAAGAGACUCCAUCAAAGUGAUCAACAAAGAAGGAGAGGUGACGGAUGUGUACCGGUGUGACCACUGCCGAGUCCUCUUCCUGGAUUACGUUAUGUUCACUAUUCACAUGGGUUGCCAUGGCUUUCGUGACCCUUUUGAGUGUAACAUGUGUGGAUAUCGAAGCCAUGAUCGUUAUGAGUUCUCGUCUCAUAUAGCCAGGGGAGAACACAGAGCCAUGCUGAAAUGAACAUCCAGGCCCAGAGAUAAUUGUCACCUGAUCAUUCCAUAUCAUUUUUAAAAACUGAUAAUGCCACUUGCCAAAUCACUCUCAAACUCAGUUCCAAACCCCUUUCUACACCAUUUUAGUGUCCAAAGGAUCACAUUCACGUGGGCAGCAGAGAAAUGCUGUCCCCAUUCAGAAAUCGUUUGCAGAUAUAUCAUGUUACUACUUUUGUGAAACCUGUAUUUUCCCAUCAGGGAAAUUUAAAAGCCAAUGAAAUAUUUGGUCAUUAUUUUUUGUAGCAAUAGAGAGGCAUUCUUUGGAGUCUAUUGCCAAUCAGAAGAGUCCCCUGGUUUUGCUGUGUGAAACAUUGUUUUCUAAAUACAUCGGCCAUAUGUGGAAAAGCCUCAUAGUCCUAUGCUCAGGUCCACAGAAAGAACUGUUGACCAGCUAACCUUGCUGGGAAACCUUGCCCAUCUGCACUUCACCCAGGUUUGAAAGUUUAGAAUAUGAACUCUCCAUCCCAAAUUAGAGUCUAACAGUAAGGAAAAGAACAGCCAUAAAAUAAGUUACCAAAAACCGAAGCCCCUACUCUCCAAGCAUCAGAGCCACCUCUUAUCACACAAGCGAAAAAAACCCAAGUUAUCCGAUGAUACUUCCGCUUCUACUUUUAUCCUCCCAUCUCCCAUUAAAGCUGCUUUGGGUUAAACCAGGCACAGAAGAAACUCUGUAUCAGAAGAACCAGUGGUUUAAACCUAGACUGUCGUUGGAACUCCAGGAGGUUGUUUGUUUGGAUGAUGGCAUCCUUUUCCUACGAUGGAGAUUGGCAGGCAUGGUUCUGAGCGGGGAGUGAUUCAGCAUCAUCACCAGGGAUGGAGGGAGGGAGGAACAAGCAAGCCACCAGAAGUUUUUCAUCUCCUUUUGUGGAGUAUUGGUGUACAAACCCAAAGCAAACUUGCCAAUGACUUGACAAAAAAUCCCAAAAACCAAAGAAUCCAAAGUGUAUGACUUAGUCUCCCCCAGCCCACAGGAAGGAAUCAAGGCUAGAUACCAUGAUCAGAGCUGAGCUUCCGAAUGGGUGAGGAGAGAGGACCUCUGUGGGCAGGUUCUCCUUCAUCAGGCAGGUUGGGGGUUCCACCACCCCCCGCCCCACAUUUUAAAUGGAGCUGUUGUAUUCCACAGUUUCCUGACAAUUUGCUCUUGGUUCUGCAGAUGUGUUGGACAUCUUUCUCAUUAAUUAUGGGAGACAUGCUGUCAAGGAAAAGUGCUGUGAUAAUUGUAAAAUUAGCACUGGAAUAGGGGUCACACAAUCUGUUAGCUGAAUUCCAUGUUUGCCACUAAUUAGUGGAAUGACUUUGGGCAAAUCACUUAACUCUUAAAACUAAGUUUCCUCAACCACAGAAUUAGGGGUUGGAUUGGAUUUUGAUGUUCUCUUAAGGUCUUUUCCAGUUUUAAAUUUAUGUGAUUGUGUAGUAACCACAAUUAUUUUUUUUUUAACCUCUUAAUGUAUGGGUAUUAAGCAGAAGAGUGUGUGUAUAUGAAUAUAUGUUUCACAUUUCUUUGGUGUGAAAAUGGUAGUAUUGUUAAGUUUUUCCUUUAACCACUGAGUUGUGAGUGUGAAGGGAGAACAAAAAACAGGAAGGUAUCUUGAUCUUGCCCCCGAGUGUGCACACAAACUGGCACCUGCAGCUGCUUACAGAGCCUUAUUUUUUCUCUCCUUUGAAAGUAACUGUGUUAGGAAAAAUAAAUGCUGCUUCCAGGGACCACUUCCUGGAGCCUAUUUACAAAUUAAGAGUCAGUUGUGUGAACAUUUCUAGCAGAGGCAAGAAUGCCCAAUUCCUGGUAGAAUAGUGUUUUAUGUAUCUGCCUUGAUAUUUCGAAAGGGCUUUAUGCAUUAGGCUCAAACUCAACGCGUCUGUGUGCUGCCAGUAAUUUAAAUGUUCCACCUCAGACUGCACAAAUGGCUUAUCCUUCUUUGUAGCAUGGCGUCUGUCUCAGGAAAAAAAGAUUUUGUGAAAUUCCAUGGCAACAGUCCCAACAUGUUUGAGAUUUCAGCUAGAAGACUAGAAGGAUUUCGGUGUGUGGGAUUCUGAACAUCACUGUGUGUCUGUAAUCCUAGACCCCAAGCCACACCAGGUUGUUUACACCCAUUGUGAAAGAGGAGCUGCUUGUUAUAUUUUUGAAAUAUCACACAUCCUGUUGACUCUUUAGGGGACAAAAGGAAGAAAAUUCGGAAGCAAGGAUUAGCAGAAGAGAAAGCUAGGGAAAGCGAGUAUUUCCACCAGCUUAGGGGGAGAGUCUUUAGAGAAAACAUCAUCUUCUGCACUUUAAGAUAGUGAAACUAAAGCCCUUCCCACCAAGAUGGGGACUCUGUAGCUAUGACCCUGGUUUUCUCUGUGAUUUCUGAAUUUUCUGAAUGAUUUCCAUUGUUCUGAGGUCAGUUUUGUGAGUGAGGUGACCCCUCACACAGGCUGCACAUUCACUGUUGCAUUCUGAGCCUCGGAUUGGGACAUGUCAAGUCCCGAGAAAAUGUGUAUGUGGAAACUCCACAUUCUUCUAUCUUGAAAUUGAACAGGGUGGAAUGUAGCAGUUGCCACAAUACAGGUAAACACUUAACUUCUGCAGGCACUCCUUAUGCUACUUAACCCUCUCCCUUGCUUGGGGUGGGGAAGGAGGUGAAGAACCUUAGCAAGAUGCCUAGAGAGGAGGGCAGGUUAAGAUUUACAUCUGACCCUGCUUUACAGUGAGGUGUUCGGCAGCUUCUGACAGCACAGUCCUCUUCUCAGCCAGAGUCCCUGUGACUGUGAGCUGUGUAGGUUUUCUUUCUCCUUCACUUUCCCCAAUCCUCUUAUUAGCCAGGCCCCUACCACACACCCAGGAGGCCGAAAUCUGAGGAACAGCCAAACCAGUGAAAAAUUCCCCUACAGCCAAGGUGGUAAAGGAGUGGAAAAGGAAGAGGGCUGUUCUCCAAACGUUUUUUCUUGUUAUUUGAAGUGUUGCCUGUGUUCCCUCCUUCAGUUCCCUGGCAGAAGUGUCUUCCCCAUUAUACUGCACACCACCACCAGAAGAAAAUAUUAAUAAAUCCACAAGUCUUUAGAUUCCUUAAAUCAUUCUUCCAAGAAGAUAUUAACCUUGACACAGAUAAGCUAGCUAAUGUUAUGCUUUGUUAUCCAUUCUAAGCUGUUCCUGACUCAGCUUCCAACUUUAUCAGUGACAAAAUGUCUCACCGUUUAAAGGCAAAGCUUAUUUAACAUUUUACCAGACCCAGAAGUAAAAUGACCUCAGAUUUCUUUUGCAAAGAGAGAUGUUUAAAAACACAUUUUAUUCAGUUGAAACACCGUGUUAGUAACAAACCUAGCUUCUGCAUAAUGCUUUUUCCAAGGAGCUUCUGUAUCACUUGUUUUAUUCCCCUCCUCUGCUUUUUUCCCCCAGCUAAAUGUGAGGUUUAGAAUGUUUUUAGGGGAAAAAAGCAAUACUUCUGAUAUAUAUCCCAGGACAGGCAGUAAGACUGCAGUGUAAAUGUUAAAUGUUUAGUGUUUGAAGUUGUAACUUUAAAGUGUACCCCACUAUGAGUAGGUACGUUGGUCUCUAGUGGAGAUUUGGAAACUCUAUAAUACUCAAGAUUUGAGUCCUCAGAGUGUCCGGGCUCUUUGACAAACAGAGUUAAAAGUUUGAGUUAAAGAAGAGAAAAGAAAGGGGAGUGAUGAAAAGUUUGCCCUAGAAAAUGGACUCAGGCUGUGCAGAAGAUAAGAAAUAGGCAGUGAUCCUCCUCAUCUUUUAAAGAAUCAGGAGCUAUUUUUGUGCUCAGAAAGUACAGUUCAGAGACUCUCUAUAGGCAGAGUUCAGAAAAGCAGAAUGAUUGGGGAUUUAAGUGCCUAUGAAAAGGACAAUUUUGACCUAAAACCAAAAACUAAACCAAAACCUGGGCCAUCCCAGGGAAAGGACUCGUCUCUAAGCCUAACUGACUGAAAAGGUCUGAGAAUGAUCCGUGAACCCAGGGUCGGAGACUGUGGACUUGGAAGAGCCUAGAAGAGUGGUCUAGACUUUGGACUUGUGUAGUUCCUAGCGCAAGACUGUACCUUUGUUGACCCAAGCUGUAUAUAGCCUGUCCCACACCGUGUCAUCAACAUGAGAAACAGGUCUUUGCACUUUGAAGAAGCUGGAUGCAAGUUUCCUCUGAAUAUUACAAUCGUGAACUGUCAUAUGCUGAUAUUGAAUUGCUAUUUGAAACUGGAAUGUUAAUGUUUUGAUUUUUAAAAAUGUAAGGACAUAACAAUAUCUACCUCCCAAGGAUGUUGUGAGGUUUUAUGUAAUUUUGUCUAUUAGGUAACAUUACUUUGUUUUUGGGGGGGAAGCGGGUGGAUUAUGUUGGGUGGCUGUAGAUUUUCCACAUAUUUCUGUAUCUGGAUUUAAAGACAUGGAAAAUAUUCAAAAAUCAUACUAAGACCAUGAUAGAAAUUCACUUGCCAAUAGAGGCAACUUACCCCGAACACACAGUUUGCUUCAUGUUGUUUUAAUGCCUAAGAGUAAAGAAUAUGCUGAACCUUAGAACCAAUGGGCAUGAACCACAUGGUACAGAAACUUCAUGACUUUGCAGUCAGAUUAAGUAAACCGGCUUUGCUCGCUCACCAUCUUAUGAGCCCUCCACCAUUAAUUCUCCCAGCGAUUUAGUUCCCUCAAGUGGUCCUCACCAUCCAUCCAUCCAUCAAUCUCACUUUAGAAAGCCCAAGAGCAGUUCCAUGAUGUCACCCACCUUCUCCCAAGCCCAAGUCACACAUCUGUGGGGCCUACUUCAUUUUCUGUAUGUGGGGGCAGCUUUGCUUCUUCCUCUCCUAAGAAGGCUGAGAAUAGACCUUUUGACAUGUUAGGAAAAUGGGGCAGCCUUAAAAAUGACUGAUCCCAUUGCCAGUGACUCAUUUACACAAGGACUUUUCCAGGUUAGCAGACAAGGCCCUUUUCAGUGGGCCUGCUUCUGUGGGUUCACAGAAACCAAAUUACUGUGGGUUGCAAAGAAUUAGCAGGUCAUUUGAAAAGCAGACAUCCCUUUACCCAGACUGUGGUUUUGCAUGCUCAAGUUCUCAGUCUGUAAGCUUUGGUGAGGGAUCAUUUUGGCUACUGGAAAAACCGUAGCUUAUUUUUAAUUUCUGGCUGCCAAAGCCACCACACGUGUGGUCUGUGGAUGACCCUAGUCUGCAGAAUGACGGGGUGGGGGAGUGAGAAGGGAACGUGGUUUGGGGCUCAGGGUGGCCUUCCCACCAGGAGUGAGGGAAGGAGAGCUUGCCGAGUGGUUUUGACACAGCCUGUGCUCAUAGCACUCUUGUCUGAGUUUCUCAGAAAUGCCCUCCCUGCCCAGCAGUGACCUUCCCUCUUGACCUGGAGUCUGACCCUUUGGAGCACUGUAGCACCCUACUCCUCUGUAAAGACUGUACAGGUUCAGCUUCUGAAAUGUAGCAAUGCUCACCUUGCCAGAACCCUAAUGAGUGCAUUCCCGCAUUGAAAACAACCCUGCUGAUAGUUUUCAAAGUUUCUUUAUGAUGUUUGAUUUUUACAUUGAAAAAUGAAAUAAAAAAUACUGGUGUGUUUAAAAUUA